CUCCUUUGGCAACUGCAAAAGUGCAUCAUAGCUUGUCACAGAGAAAACAUCAGAGAAAAAGAAUGAAAAAACUAAAUGCCAUCAUGAGAAAGUUAAGAGUAGAGAUGGAAAAGAGGAGUGAAGAACAAAAAGAGAUCAAAGAGGGACAAAGGCAUGUCAAAGAAAAAUGUGAAGCAAUUGAAUUGGAAUGCGAGCAACUUCGAAAUGAGACUAACCUCAUAAUACAACAAAGUGCCAACACCCAAAGCCGCCUUGUUCUCAUGUUUCAGAUCUUCAAGGCAAGAGAAGACCAAGACUUCACUAUAGCAGCGAAGCUCACUCAGGCAUUGCGUGAACUUAUAACAAUGCAAAACAAGAUAGAAGCUUCAGUGGAAAAUUGUGGAGCAAGUUCUCAUAAAUAA